AUGGCCAUCUCCACCGCCUGCAGCAUCCGCCUCCACGCCGCACCCGCGGCCCACCGCCGUCGCCGCGUCGUUGCCUCCGCCGCCGCAUCCGCCGUGCGGUUCGAUCGGCGCUCGGCCGUCCUCCUCCUGCUGUCCGCCGCGGGGGCCGCGCCGGCGGCGGUACCUCCCGCGAAUGCGGCGUCCAUCGGGCUCUUCGGCAUCCGGAAGAAGCUGGAGCGGGCGGAGGAGGCAGCGGCGGAGGUGGUGAGGGAGGUGGAGGAGGCCGCUGUUGAGGCGGCAGAGAUCGGCGGGGAAGCGGUGAAGGAGGCGAAGGAUGUCGGCGGCGAAGGCCUGCAGCUGGUGGCCGGCGCGGAGCUCGCCGGAGACGGGCUGGUGCAGGCCGCGGUGGUUGCCGGCGCCGAGGCCCUCGGGGUCGUCGUGGGCUUGUCCGUGGUCAGCGGCAUCCUACGGCCCGAAACAUAG